AGACUGCAAGGAAUCAAGGCUGGGAGGAGAGGGGCUGUCAACAACCGCGACAAAUCGUCUUGACGACUUCAUUUGACCUGAUUCCACUCUCGUUUACCUGUUCCUCUUCUUGGUUCGCACGAUGGUUGACUUUAUUUUCGAGUUUUGAUGCCAAGAGAGUGGAAGCGAGCUGCAUUGUCUCUCUGCGUAGAUCUGCCUCACUCUCCAUUCUGCCAAAACAGUGCGAUUUUUGUUUGAAGCAUUUCUUAGGUAGUAUAUUGGUAACUGUUUGAUCAUUUAGCUGGUUAUCUGUAUAGUUAGUCGCUCAUAAUUGUUGCAGUUAAUUGAUUUACAUUUUUUAGUUUGUCUUUUGCCGUCAUGCUUUAUUGUAAUGCGGUUUUAGCAGGCUAAAGAAACAUGAAGUUUCUUAGGUGAAAUCCUUAUUGUGGCAUACUCUGGUGCGCAAUAGACCUCAAUUAGCAAUUGGCUAGUCUCUUUUACCAAUAAGCAUCCCCAUCAAACCAAGAUAAACAAUUUUGUGGACGGAAGCCUAAGUGCACGAUGAGGUCCCUCCAGGACUUUUUGAAUUGCACUUAAAAAGGAGAGCGAAGGAGAGAGAGGCUACAGGAAGCGACGCCUGCCAACCCUCAAAAACACCAAACAUACUCGCCUCAUCUUAGCAUUUGAAAAGAAUUACAACUCUUGAUUAGGUUGCUAGAAUAUUUUGAUAUAGACGUUCUUAUUUCUCAGUAAACUAAAGGAAGAUGAAGAAGUUUCGGAAGGUACUGGAUGGCCUGUCUUCCUCCUCUCAGGGGGCUGUCGCGUCCCCGUCAUGCAGCAAUGCAGCCGGUACCCCGCCCACUCCACAGGAUAUUCAUGUCCAGGAGACGCUACUCUCGGAAAACUUUCACAUAUGCAAGACGGUACGCCAUGGCUUCCCCUACCAGCCCACCUGCCUGGCAUUCGACCCCGUCCAGAAGAUCCUAGCCAUCGGCUCCAGAACAGGAGGCAUACGGAUACUGGGCCGGCCUGGUGUGGACUGCUACAGCCAGCAUGAGAGUGGAGCCGCUGUUCUCCAGCUACAGUUCCUCAUCAAUGAGGGAGCUCUGGUCACAGCAUGUGCUGAUGACACACUGCACCUGUGGAACCUUCGCCAGAGACGCCCAGCCAUCCUGCACUCGCUCAAAUUCAACAGGGAGAGGAUCACGUUUUGCCACAUCCCCUUCCAGAGUAAAUGGCUGUACGUGGGCACAGAGCGUGGCAACACACACAUCGUCAACAUCGAAUCCUUCGUUCUGUCUGGAUACGUCAUCAUGUGGAACAAGGCCAUAGAGUUAGCAACUAAAGCCCAUCCAGGACCCGUAGUCCAUCUGAGUGACAGCCCGAAGGAUGAAUGCAAGUUGCUGAUAGGGUUUGAAAGUGGAACAGUAGUACAGUGGGACCUCCGGGCCAAGAAGGUUGACUUCAGAAUCUACUACGAUGAAGCUAUCCAUUCUGUGAGCUGGCACCAUGAAGGGAACCAGUUCAUGUGUAGCCACUCAGACGGCAGCUUGACUAUGUGGAACCUGAGGAACACAGCCAGACCUAUUCAGAUCACAUAUCCUCAUGGGAAGAUACUGAAGGAAGGGAGGAAGGAGUCGUGUAAGCCCAUCCUCAAGGUGGAAUACAAGACCUCCAGAAACAGCAACGAGCCCUAUGUCAUCUUCUCUGGGGGUCUGUCAUACGACAAGGCUGGGGGACGGAGGCCCACCCUGACCAUCAUGCAUGGCAAGGCCAUUACGGUCCUGGAGAUGGACCACCCUAUCGUAGAGUUCCUGGUGCUCUGUGACACCCCAUACUCCAACAAGAUCCAGGAUCCGUAUGCGGUGGUGCUGCUUCUAGAAAAGGACUUUAUCAUGGUUGAUCUGACACAGAGCAAUUUCCCUAUCUUUGAGAACCCAUACUCCAUGGACAUCCACGAGUCUCCUGUCACCUGUACAGCCUACUUCGCCGAGUGCCCCCCGGAUAUCAUCCCAGUCCUCUACUCCGUAGGAGCCAAGCAGAAGAAGACCGGCUACAGCCACAAGGAGUGGCCAGUGAGUGGCGGUACGUGGACAUUAGGCUCACAGACCUACCCAGAGGUUAUCGUCACAGGACACGCAGAUGGAACCGUCAAGUUUUGGGAUGCAUCUGCUAUUACGCUGCAGAUGCUGUACAAGCUGAAGACGUCUAAGGUGUUUGAGAACCCCAAUGCGGGUGAAGGCCGGGCGGUCGAGCAGGUAGAGGAGGACCCUUACGCCAUUCAGAUGGUCCGCUGGUGCCCGCAGAGCCGUCUCUUCUGUGUGGUGGGCAUCUCUGCCCACGUCAUCCUCUACCACUUCAGCAAACACGACGCCAACGCAGAGAUAGUGUCUCUAGAAGUGCGUCUGCAGUUUGAUUCAGAGGAUGGCAUCUCCCUGUCAGAGACAGACCCAUGUUUCUCGGACCCCAGUUCCCACUCCCCCCAGAUGCCCGGUAGCCCCAGCAACGGCUCACAAGACAGCCUCCACUACCGCAAGGUGAAGAGUCGUCCAGUGCGCAUGCCCCCGGGGUAUCAGGCUGAGUUGGUGAUGCAGCUACAGUGGGUGGAUAGAGAGCCCCCCCAGCAGAUCACCAGCCUGGAUAUCAACUCUGCCUAUGGCCUUCUAGCGUUUGGGAGCUGCAAUGGUCUAGUGGUGGUGGACUACAUUCAGAAGACCAUCCUGAUGUGUGUGAGCACGUUGGACCUGUACGGAGCCGCUGACCCCUACCAACGUCUCACACGUUCCCCACGCAAAAACAGGCAGUCCACCUCAGGCCUAACGGAACUGUCCGACAACAAGGUGUCCAUGGACAUGGAGAGAAGCAAGUCACCCACCUCAGAUCAUGUCAAUGGACAUUGCACUAGCCCCACCUCCCAGCCAUGCUCCUUGGGGAAGUCUCGCAUUCCAGGGGCUCCUGAGGGCCCGCGGCUCCCCCGGAGAGGGCCCGGCCGACCACCCUUCCGCAAGGCCCAGUCUGCCGCUUGCAUGGAGAUCUCUUUGCCAGUUUGCUCCCUCACGGAAGAAAGCAGAGAGAAUUCGUUCAGCUUCUCACGGAGCUCCAGUGUGUCCAGUAUCGGCCGCGACACCAAGGAAGUGGUGACCACGCUGCAUUUCGGAGAGUCCUACGGUCGUAAAGGUGACUCCCUGCCCACCGCCUGCCUGUGGGUGGGCACCAGCCUGGGCGUGGUCCUCCUACUGCCCAUAUCCAUCCCCACAGAGAAGGAGAGGCUGGAGGAGCCUGUCACCAUGGGGCCCAGCGGUACCGUCCUGAUGCUGAAGGGCUCAGUGCUAAGCUUUUCAUUCCUGGACUGUGCGGGCACCCUUAUCCAGAGUCCCUACGAGGUUUGGCGGGAACCCAACGUCCCCGAGGACCCCGACGAGCCCUGCAGGCGCAAGCUGGUCAACUUAUCCCCGCUGUCUUCCCAGGAGGCAUGUGGGGACGGUCACCUGACCGUGGUGUGUUCUGAGAAACAGGCCAAGGUGAUCCUCAUGCCUACCCAGGCCGUCCUGUUCACACACAACGUCACAGAGUCUUCCUUCCUCCUGCGGGCCAACGUCGUCUCCGUCUGCAACAGCGUCUGCCUGGCCUGCUUCUGUGCCAACGGACACGUCAUGACCCUCAGUUUGCCCAGUCUUAGACUCCUGAUGGAUACUAACUACUUUCCCCUGACGGACAUGCGUAUCGCCCGUACCUUCGUCUUCACCAACGGCGGUCAGGCUCUGUACCUGAGCUCUCCUACAGAGAUACAACGCAUCGCAUACAGCCAAGAGAUGACGGACAACCUGCAGGACAUGCUGGGGGAGCUGUUCACUCCUAUUGAAACACCAGAGGCCCAGAGCCAAGGAUUCCUCAAGGGUUUCUUCGGGGGCAACGCCCAGACCUUCGACAGAGAAGAGCUGUUUGGGGAGGCAGCAGCGGGAAAGGCCUCUCGGAGCCUGGCCCAGCACAUCCCUGGUCCAAUGGGAUUGGAGAAUGUGAGGGCUGCAGCCGGCGGGGUGGUGGGGGACCUGGCCCGAGCCCGCAUCGCCCUGGAGCAGAGAGGAGAGAGACUGGGAGAGCUGGAGGAACGCACCACCCUCAUGAUGAAAAGUGCAGAGACGUUCUCAACACACGCCCACCAGGUAAUGCUGAAACACAAGGACAAGAAAUGGUAUCAACUUUAAAGUAGGACAGCGGGCCACGACUGCUGGUGCUUUGUUGGGACAUGGACCAUCACUCUACAGAUGAGAGAGAGACAGAGAGAGAGAGAAAGAGAGAGAGACAGCGAGAGAGAGAAAUGACUUUGUAUUUAUGGGCCUCUCUGUAGGACGUCUGUACAUCAUUGUCACAAGACUUGGACAGAGGGCGGUCACUGAGAUGGAUACAGAUCAGGAAGUAAGUUGGUAAGACAGGGGAACCCAGGAAGUGGAUGAUGACAGUUCAUCAGUGUGUGUGUGGGUGGGUUACCCAGAUCUUGCUGUGUAGAUACUCUUAACGUUAUGAAACCAACAAGACUGAAUGAAUCAAAAUGGAUGACUACUGAUAACAUACAACUGCCAUAUCAAAAGGCAGCAUGCUACUGUAAGAAAUACUAAAUAUAAAAUGUAUUGAAUAAUAUAAUAUAAACAAAAGAAAGUGUGAUUUCAAAAAUAAUAAUACUUUUUGAAAUAUUAUAAAUAUAUAUAUAUAAAAAUGAAAAUGUAUACCUUCAUUGCUAUAAAGCCAAAAGUUUUUU